GUGUACCAGAGUCUGGACAGGGAGCUCCAGAGACACGUCAGCCUGCAGGACGCCCUGCAGCAGUGCCAGACCUGGCUGGCCACGGUGGCGGACGAGCCCGAGCCUCCAGCACACCCCCCCGUCAGCCUGGAGGGGGCGCUGGUGCAGGUGAAGCAGGAACGGGCCCUCCAGGAGCAGGCCAGCACCUACCUCCACCUGGUGUGCUCCACCUGCGACCUGACGGAGCAGCGGGUCAGAGAGGCGGCCAACGCCAUCCAGGAGGUCAAGCUGCAGGUGGAGGACCGCAUGCUGAUGUGUGAGGAGGUGGCGGACAGCUGGCGGGAGGUGGAGGAGCAGCAGGCGGACCUGAAGGUGCAGCUGAGGGAGAUGGACCAGCACCGUCAGAGCCUGGCCCGCAGGCCCGCCGAGCUGGAGCCCAAGAUCGCCCAGAACCAGCUGGACAAGGCCCAGGAGUUCCUGCAGCAGGUGCGUGACCGGCAGUGCGACGUGACCCACCUGAGCGACACGCUGGUCCGGCUGACGGACGGCCAGGGCUGCCCCGCCCUGGAGGCCGUCGGCCGGCUGAGGGGCAGCUGGGUGGAGCUUGGCCAGAGGGCGGAGGAGCUGGAGGCCCAGCGGGGGGAGGACAUGCAGCACAGCGGGGAGUACCAGGAGAGCGUGGCGGCCGUGGAGGAGCUCUUCCACCAGGUCUCCAGGGAGUGGGACUACCUGGCCAGGGCGGACACAGAGAGCACCAGUGAGCACCUGGAGGCCCUGAAGAAGCUGUCCAGCGACCUGCAGGAGCAGAGGGCCACACUGGAGGACCUGAGGGAGCAGAAGCACACCGUGUUGCCCCGACUCAGCCUGCUGGACAAGGAGCUGGUCAAGCAGCAGGUGGGGUACCUGGAGCAGCGCUGGGCCCAGCUGGAAGGCCUGAUCCAGAAGAAGAUCCAGGACUCGGCCGGGACGCUGGAGGACAUGGCCAGGGUGGAGGCCCAGCUGAGGGACGCCCGGGAGUGGGUGGAGGAGCAGAGGCCCUCUCUCACCUCGGCGCUGAAGACCAGCCCCCCGCCGGACGUGGCCCAGAGCUUCCUGUUCGACCACCUGAGCGUGUGCGUGGAGCUGGAGGCGCGGCAGCAGCUGCUUGGGCAGGCGGUCAGCGAGGCCAAGGCCGUGGCCUCCCGCCUGGGCCUGAGCGAGAAGAGGAGCCUGCAGGAGCUGGUGGAGCAGGCCCAGAGCGAGGUGGAGGCGCUGGGCGCGCGGGUCACCCAGAGGAGGAAGUACCUCAGCAAGGCCUUCACAGAACGGACCCAGUUCCUGCAGGGUCUGGGGCGCGCGUUGGCCUGGGUUCAGCAGCAGGAGAGCAAGGCCUUAGUGGACGACCACGUGGCCCUCCUGCCCGAGGACCUGGCCAAGCAGGUGGCCGCGGGCCAGGGCGUGCAGCGGAGCCUGCGGACCUACCAGGGGGAGCUGGCCUCUCUGUGGGCCCAGGGACGGGGCCUCGAGAGGGACGCCACGGACCACGAGAGGGUGGAGACCCUGGCCCGGCUGGAGGAGCUGCAGGUGGCCUUCGAGACGGUGCAGCAGCGCACCGCCCAGCGCCUGACCGACCUGGACAAGGCCAUGACCGCCCGCAAGUACUUCCAGAUCGACCUGGACAAGACCUGCGGCUGGCUGAGGCAGGCGGACACCGUCACCUUCCCCGAGAUCGACCUGACGGACGCCCCGCAGAGCUCGGACCUGCAGGCGCGUCUGUCCUGCUACCAGCGCGUCCUGGAGCAGGCCUCGGAGUAUGAGAACCUCCUGCUCAUCGUGCAGCGGAUCGGCCAGGAGAUCCUGCCCACGCUGAACGAGAUAGACCACUGCUACCUGGACGAGAGGCUCAACGCCCUCCCGCAGCAGUACAACAGCAUCCUAGCGCUGGCCAAAGAGAAGCGGGACAGGGUGCAGCAGGCCAUCCUGGAGAGGAACGACUUCAGCACUUUCUUGGAGAUCACGAGGAACGCUCUGGAGGAGCUCAAGGGACAGCACGACAAUCUGGCGAAGCAGGCCGUAGCCGCGAGCGAGGAGGAGGUGGCGCGGCGGCGCGACGAGUACGGCAACCUGGAGGGGAGUUUGGCCCACCUGGGCCCGGCGGUGAGGGAGCUGAUGGGGAAACGGGAGGCCUUCCACAGCCGCGGUCAGCGCUGCAGCGUGGAGGAGAUACAGCGGUUGGUCGCGAUCCACGACACCCUGAAACGCCAAAUCGAUCAGAAGAGGAAACUGUUGGGCGAUUGCUUGGAGACGGUGGUGGAGCACAACCGUGCCUCGGCGCACUUUGAGUCAGAGUGCGACGCUGUGAGGGGGAGUCUGGUGAGACUGCAAUCAGACGACCGCCUGUGCGCCACGGACAGUUUGACGGGCGUCUUGGGGCUACUUGAAAGUGUGGAGAGCUUGAGUUCUCAAGCGGAAGGGUGUGAGCGAAAACUCAAAAGCCUUAAUGUGAACUUUGAACCUUCGGCAAUCCAGGACGUCACUUUAAGGCAGGAAUCCCUGCGAUCGUUACAAUCAGAAGUACGGAGGAGCAUCACGGAAAGGGAAAAGAAUGUGUGCCAGAAUGAAGAUUUCACGAGAGGGACAGAGAAAGUUUUAGCGUGGUUGGUUGCGAUGAAAGACAAGAUUGAGGAGCCUUUGGCCUUUUCGGAGGUCGAGGUGGAGAAUGUGCAGGAGGAAUUGAGGAGACUGAGGAUCGUUGAGGAGGAGGUGGAGGGCGUCUUACGGGUGGCAGGUGCCUUGGGCAGCAGAGAGAAGCAGAGAUUUGACGGCAGGAAGGAAAAGGUGCCAGCCAGUGUAGAGAAGCAGCUGCAGCGACUUCACAAGCUGGAAGCAGAAGUCACCAAAGCCAUUAGCACUAAACAGCUGGCCGUGGACCAGGCCCUCCCUCUGGUCCAGAGUUACAGCGACUCCCAGCGCUCUGCCCAGACCUGGGUGGACGCCGCGGGGGCCGCCCUCCACGGGGCGGGCCUGGGGGUGGACCCGGAGGACCAAUCGGAGAGCAGCAGGGGGCUGCGGGACCUCCUGGACCGGGACGGGGCCUUCGGGGCGGGGCUGGAGGAGCUGCGGGCCCUGCAGCCCCUGCUGAAGCCUCUGGUGCGGCCGGCGGGGGCCAUGCAGGAGCUGAGGAGACGCGUGGAGGAGAUGAGGCUGAGGAACAUCACGCUCAGACAGCAGCUUGAGGAGCGGCACCAAGCUCUGCAGAGCGCUGCGUCUCUAUGGAGCUCGUUCCAGCAGGAGCGGGAGGCCCUGAUUGGUUGGAUGAACACUGCAGAAAACACAAUGAGUUCCUUCCCUUCAGCCAAGGCAGCCGGUCUCCUGGAAGCAGAAGACAAAUUCCACAGCUACAAGUCUCUGCUGGGCGGGAUGGACUCGGCCGAGCGGUCGCUGACCGCGCUGAGAGAGAAGGCUUCGGCCCUGGAGACCCUCGGCUCCGAGGCCGGCCGGGCAGCCGUCGCCGGCCACUCCGUCUCGUCACUAUGGCAACGGCUGACCAGGCUCCGCAGUGUGGCCCGCGGCCAGGAGAGGGCACUGGAGGACACGGUCCGCGAGUGGAGGAAGUUCAAUGAAAAGAUGGAGAAGGCCCGCUGUGUGUCAGCUGACCUGGGCGGCCGCGUGCCAGACAGCACGGUGGAGAAGGCCGCCACCAGGGCGGCGCUGCAGAGCCUGCUGGAGUACCACGACUCGUACGGCCGCGAGCUGGAGAGGGAGCAGUCCUGCCUCGCCCUCCUGGGGCAGCACACCCUCUGGCUCCGGGGGCAGGAGGAAGAGCUGGGGGAGGUGGAGGAGGAGGAGAAGCAGGAGCAGGAGCAGGAGGAGGAGAACGGAAAGGAGGAACGCAGGCGAGGAGGGACGCCUUGCAUGCGAGAGAUCCGGAGCAUGCAGGAGAAGUAUAAGAGCCUGGGGGUGCAGGUGCGCAGCAGCAGGGGCCAGGUGCAGCAGGAGCUGCGGGAGCGGGAGGAGGUGGAGAAGGAGCUUGGCCUGGUAAAGGGGUGGAUCCAGGACACCAGGGGCCUCCUGCUGAGCCCCACCGCAGACCUGGACUCACUGCUGCAGGAGCUGGAGACGGCCCACGGCGAGGUCAUCUCGAGGCGGCAGAGUGUGGAGCGCAUGGCGGAGCUGCAGCAGUCCAAGUACCAGGACCUGCCGGCCGGUCUGCCCUCGGAGCUCAGCAUGCAGCUGGCCGAGGUGGCCCUGGCCCUGGGCUCCGCUGAGGACCAGGUGCAGGCGCGGGAGCGGGAGGUGCAGCAGACCCGGGACGUGAAGGAGGACUUCGGCGCCCGGCUGAAGGACAUGGAAGGCCGGCUGAGGAGCGUCUCCAGGAAGCUGGAGGACAAGCCGUCGGACCUGGAGCAGGCCAGGGAGGAGACCAAAUGUCUGUGUGAGGAGUGCGAGGGCUGCGGCGGCUCCCUGGCCGAGCUGGGUGUGGCUGUGCAGGAGUUCGGCGAGCAGAACCCCCUGCUGUGCAGACAGCUGGGGGACAGCCUGGCCCGGCUGGGGGAGACCCAGCGGCUCACCGCCCAGCAGGCCCAUCACCGGGCCAGCCGGCUGAAGGAGGCUGAGAGGCAGUAUGAGGAGUACAAGGGGAUGAGGUCGUUCAUUAUGGGAUGGACGGAGAAGGCAGAGGCCCUGGUCACCGGCAACAUCAUCUGGAGCUCCGCCUCUCAGCUGCAGGAGCAAAUCAGAGCCCACCAGGCCCUGCUGCGGGAGUGCCGCGGUCUCCAUGGCGACCUGGAGGCCAUGGCCGAGAGGGAGGGGCAGCUGGGCCAGGUGGUGCGCACCCGGGGGUGGAGCCAGCAGGUGAACCACCUGAGCCGGAGGGCCGAGGAGCUGCAGCAGCACGCCAGGACGCGCCUCCAGAGCCUGCAGGACGCCGCCAAGGAUAUGAUGCGCCUGGAGGCGGAGGUGAAGAGCCUCCACGCCACCCUGGAACAGGUCCAGACCACCCUGGCCUCGCCGGACCUCAACCGUCUGAGCCUCCGAGAACAGCUCACACACAGACAGCGCCUGCUGGUGGAGAUGGAGGGCUUCAAGCAGCAGGUGACCACGGUGCAGCAGUGCCAGAGCGCCCUCCGGCUGCCGGAGGAGGUAGUGGCCAGCCUGCCCAUCUGCCGCACUGCCCAGAGUCUGCAGCACGAGGCCAGCCAGCUGCAGCACACCACCAUCCAGCAGUGCAAUAUCCUGCAGGAGGCGGUGGUGCAGUAUGAGCAGUACGAGCUGGAGGUGAGGAACCUCCAGAGGCUGAUCGAGGAGGCCCACCGCAUCAUCCAGGACCGGCCCGUCUCCACCAGCAACAUCCAGGAGCUGCAGGCGCAGAUCCAUCACCACGAGGAGCUGGCCCAGAAGAUCCAGGGCUACCAGGAGGGGAUCUCGUCGCUGCACUCCAAGUGCAAGAUGCUCACGGUGAAGGCCAAGCACGCCACCAUGCUGCUGACGGUCGGCGACGGCGACGGCCUGUCGGACGGCGGCGAGGACCUCAGCGACGAGGACGAGCUGCUGCCGCCCGGCGCCGGCACGGCAACCAACGGCGCCGGCAACGGCGUCGGCCACGGCAACGCCGGCAAGCAGCUGCCCGCCCACCCUUCCGUCGUCAUGAGCCGGGCCCCUCUCCAGGAGCUGUACGACCCCUCCAUGGAGUCCAGCGCCGCCAACCUGGACGACCUGCAGAAGUCCUGGGAGACUCUGAAGAACGUGAUCAGUGAGAAGCAGAAGUCUCUGUACGAGGCUCUGGAGCGUCAGCAGCACUACCAGGAGACGGUGCAGUCCGUCUCCACCAAGAUGGAGUCCGUGGAGGGGGCGCUCAACGAGAGCCUGGAGCCCAGCAAGACCCCCGAGAGCCAAAUGGCCGCCCACCAGGCCCUGAUGGAUGAGAUCAUGAUGCUGCAGGAGGAGAUCGGGGAGCUUCAGACGUGUUUCUCCGAGGAGCUCCUGGGGGACGGGGACGGGGACGGGGACGGGGGGGACCAGCUGGCCCUGAGGUCCACCCUCACUGUGCUGGGGGAGAGGAUGGCCACCAUCCGCAUGAAGGCCUCCGGGAAGAGGCAGCUGCUGGAGGAGAAGCUGGGCGAGCAGCUGGAGGAGCAGCGGCAGCAGCAGACGCUGCAACGCUACCACGUCCAGGCGGAGGAGCUCAACCAUUGGCUGCUCAGCACGCAGGCCACGCUAAGCUCCGCCCUCCAGCCCCAGGGAGACUCCCUGGACAUGGAGGAGCAGCUCAUCGACUGCCAGAACAUGCUGUACGAGAUCGAGCGCAAGGUGGCGUCGCUGUCGGAGCUCUCGGUGCACAGCGAGUCCCUGCUGCUGGAGGGCCGCGCCGGGCCCCCUGGGGGCGAGGCGGAGCAGCUCACCCACAAGCUGCGCUCGCUGAAGGACAGCCUGGUGGAGCUGCAGCGCAUGCUGCACGACAAGCAGGUGGACAUCCAGGGAACGCUUCAGGAGCAGGAGGACAGCGAGACGGACUCCGUCCUGUCCCAGAGUCCCAACGUCCAGGACUGGCUGUCCCAGGCCCGCUCCACGCGCUCCCAGCAGCACCAGUGCAACCUGCUGCGUCAGAGGGAGCUGGAGGAGCAGGUGGCAGAGCAGCGGCGGCUCCUCCAAUCGGUGGCCAGCAUCGGGGAGGAGGUGCUGAGCCAACACGCCCCCCCAAACGGAGACAGUGAGGUGUCGGUCCCAGGGGGGGUCCUGCUGGAGGCAGAGAGCUUCUCCCCCCUGGAGCAGCUCCGGCAGCGCUGGGAGAACCUGAAGAGAGAUCAGAGCACCAAGCUGCAGCUGUCCCUCACCUCGCUGGAGCAGGAGCAGCUCAGCCCGGUGCUCCACAGACCUCGUCUGUCCAGUCCCGGGGUGGUUCUCCGGGGCGAGCCCCCAAGCCAGGACCCCCGCUCCCCCAGAGCCCUGUUCGAGGCCUGCAACCGGACCCUGGACGCUCUGGCCCAGGAGACAUCGUGCGGUGACGCCAAGGCGCGUCCCGGCGAGGCGGGGGUCCAGCAGGAGCUGUGUGUUGCCGUGGCGACGGCCUCGACCUGGCUGGACGCUGCGGAGAACCAGCUGCUGUCUGGACCCGUCCUGCUGUCUGAGGACACGGAGAGCCAGCUCUACACCAUGGAGGGCCUGGGCAGGGAGCUGAAGGAGGUGCGGGGGGAGGCGUCGCGGUGCCGGGCCCUGCUGGAGGCGGGGGGGCGGCUGUGGGACGGGGAGGAGCGGGGGCUGAUGGAGGACACCCUGGGCGGGCUGAUGGAGCGGCUGGAGCUGCUGGACUCCACCCUGGAGCAGCAGUGUGACGGCAUGAGGGACCGCCUGCAGGACCACUCGGCCUUCCAGAACGAGCUGAGGAGGCUGUUCACCGCGCUGGGGGACAGCAAGCAGGCGGUGCUGCAGAGGAAGACCGGGGCCGUGGACAAGCCCGCCUCCAAGCAGAUCGAGGCUCUGUCUGAGGUGGAGGAGAGCUUGCGGGAGUUUGAGCAGAGGGUGGCUGAGCUGAAGAGCAAAGCGGAGAGCCUACAGUCGGACCAGGUCUCCAAGCAGGAGCUGCUCAAACUACAGGAUGCGUACGGGGAGCUGGUGCUGAUGGUGGGCUCGCGGCGCAGCAGCCUGAACCACAGCCUGUCGCUGAAGGCCCAGUACGAGGCCGCGCUACACGACCUCGCCGACCUGGUGGACACCGCCCAGGACAAGAUGGCCGCCGACCAGAAGAUCACCGUGGCCUCGGUCAUCGACGUGCAGAUGCUCCUGGACAAACACAAGGAGUUCUUCCAGGGCGUGGAGCGGCAAAUGGUGCUGAGCCAGGCCUUCUACAGCAAGGUGUCGGGGCUGGUGGGUCCGAGGGAGAGCCAGGCCCUGGAGGAGACCAUGGGCGCGGCCCACAGCACCCUGAAGCAGGCCCACCGCAGGGGGGUGGAGCUGGAGAGCAUCCUGGAGUCGUGGAGCCGGCUCCUAGAGGACUACAAGGCGCUGUGCGGGCAGCUGGAGGCGGUGGAGGGCGGUGUACCCACCGUGGUGCUGGUGGAGGAGACGGAGGAGCGCCUCAGCGAGCGGAUCAACCUCUACCAGUGUCUGAAGGCCCGUCUGACGGAGCACCAGCCCCAGCUGUACCAGGUGCUGGAGGAGGGCAAGCGGCUGCUGCUGAGCGUGUGCUGCGGGGACCUGGAGACCCAGCUCACCACGCUGGGGGAGCACUGGCUCUGCUCCACCACCAAGGUCAACCGAGAGCUCCACCGCCUCGACUCCACCCUCAAGCACUGGAGCAGGUACCAGAGGGAGUCCUCUGAGCUCAGCCAGUGGCUGAGGUGGGCUCUGGACCGGCUGGGCUUCUGGACCACCCAGUCCGUCACCAUCCCCCAGGAGCUGGAGACCGUCAGGGACCACCUCUCCGCCUUCCUGGAGUUCUCCAAGGAGGUGGACGCCAGGUCGUCCCUGCGGUCCUCCGUGCUGAGCACCGGCCACCAGCUGCUGCGUCUGAAGCGGGCGGACACGGCCGGCCUGCGCUCCGCCCUGGCCCAGGUGGACACGCAGUGGGCGGAGCUCCUCACACGCAUCCCCGUGGUGCAGGAGAAGCUGCACCAGCUGCAGAUGGAGAAGCUGGCGUCGCGCCACGCCAUCCAGGAGCUGAUGAGCUGGAUCUCCCUCAUGGAGAACAUCAUCGGAGAGGACCAGGACCGCAUCUCCAGCGCCGUGGGCUCGGAGCGCGUCCAGGACUUCCUCCAGAAGUACAAGGGGUUCCGGAUCGACCGGACCUGUAAGCAGCUGACGGUGGACUUUGUGAACCAGUCGGUGCUGCAGAUCAGCAGCCUGGACGUGGAGGGCCGGCGCAGCGACAAGACAGACUUUGCGGAGAAGCUGGGGGCCAUGAACCGGCGCUGGCAGGUCCUCCACGGCCUCAUCAACGAGAAGAUCCAGCUGUUGGAGGGCCUGCUGGAGGGCUGGCUGGAGCACGAGAACGGGGUGCAGGCGCUGAAGGCCUGGCUCACGCUGCAGGAGGACAAGCUGAAGAAGAAACACCGGAUAGAGGACGUGGCCUCGGUGCAGAGCGCCCUCAAGGACUGCCAGGAGCUGGAGGAGCUGGUGAAGGAGAAGGAGAAGGAGCUAGAGAAGGCGGAGGAGCGAGGAAGUGCGCUGAUCCAGGACAAGAAGGGCGAGGCCUGCUCUGUCGUCAGAGAGACCCUCAAAGGACUCAACCAGUCCUGGGCCGGCCUGGACCACAUGAUGAGCCAGAUGAAGCUGAGUCUGCGCUCGGUGCUGGAGCGGUGGACGUCGUACCGCCGCGAGGCCGAGGAGAUCGGCGGCUACCUGAUGGAGGGACGCUACGCCGUGUCCAGGCUCCGCCUCCUGAACGGCUCGCUGGAGGCCGUGCAGCAGCAGGUGUCCAGCCUGGAGAGCCUGCAGGAGGAGAUGGACAAGCAGGAGAGCAGCCUGGGGAAGUUCGGCUCGGUGACCCACCAGCUGCUGACCGAGUGCCACCCGUCGGUGGCCGACACGCUGAACCGCGCCCUGAGGGACGUGAACAUCAGGUGGAACGGUCUGCUGGAGCAGAUCUCGGAGCAGCUGAGGAGCAGCAAGGCGCUGCUGGGCCUGUGGCAGAGCUACCAGGCGGUGGGCGGUCAGUGUGUGACGGCGGUGCAGCGGCAGGAGGACCGCGCCAACCGGCUGCUGAAGAGCGCCACCGACCGGGACAUCACGGAGCAGGAGAGCGCCGCCUGGGUCCGGGACUGUGACGCCUGCCUGGGCGGCCAGGCCCCCGUGCAGCAGUCGCUGCAGCAGCUGCAGGCCCUGGGGGAGCAGCUGAAGAGCCAGGUCGACGCCUCCUCUGUGGCCGCCCUCCAGUCCGAUCACCGCUCGCUGGUCCAUCGCCUGGCAACGCUGGAGCACGGCCUGCACCGGCACCAGGAGAUACUGCAGUCGGGGACCCAGGACUACGAGCUCUUCCGGGGGCAGCUGGACACACUGUGCUCCCAGGCUUCGGAGGCCGGGCUGGCCCUGAAGGAGGUAGACCCGGUGGGAACACCGGAGCCCACCGUGGUCCAGGAGCACAUGGAGCGACUCAAGGUUCACCUGCUGCAGCUGAGCAGCCUGUCCCCCGACCUGGAGCGACUCAACGAGCUGGCCUAUCGCCUGCCCCUCAGCGACCGCGACAUGAAGAGGCUGCAGGGCCUCAACCGGACCUGGGCCUCCCACUCGGCCCACCUCACCGAGAGGUUCAGUAAGCUGCAGGCGGGUCUCCUGCAGCACCAGAGCUUCCUUCAGAAGUGCGAGGCCUGGAUGGACUUCCUGUCCCAGACGGAGCAGAAGCUGGCCGCUGAGAUCUCGGGCAACCUCCUCAGUCUGAUGGAGCAGCAGAGAGACCACGAGCUGUUCCAGGCUGAGAUGUUCAGCCGACAGCAGAUCCUGUACUCCAUCAUCAGUGACGGACAGAGCAUGCUGCACCAGGGGCAGGUGGACGACAGGGAGGACUUCAGCCUGAAGCUGGCGUUGCUCAGCAACCAGUGGCAGUGCGUGGUGCGGCGCGCCCAGCAGAGGCGGGGCAUCAUCGACAGCCUGGUGGUGCAGUGGCAGAACUACCGGCAGAUGGCCGACAAGCUGCGGCGCUGGCUGCAGGAGGUCAGCCGCGACCCCGACGUCCACCAGCAGGGGGAGGCGGUGGCCCUGCAGGAGGCGCGCGCCAUGCUGGACCAGAUCCAGCUGCGGGAGCGGGUGCUCCAGCGCCAGCAGGGGGCGUACAUCCUGACGGUGGAGGCGGGCCGCAGCCUGCUGCUCACCGCCGACGGGCGGGUGGAGUCGGCGCUGCAGACGGAGCUCAUGGACACGCAGGAGAGGUGGAGGCACGCCCACCAGCGACUGGACCAGCAGCGCAGGGAGCUGCACGGCCUGCUCAAGGACUGGGGCCGCUGUGAGAAGGGCAUCGACGCGUCCCUGGAGAAGCUGCGGGCCUUCAAGAAGAAGCUGUCUGCGCCGCUGCCCGACCACCAGGAGGAGCUGCACUCGGAGCAGAUCCGCUGCAAGGAGCUGGAGAGCAGCGUGGAAGGCUGGACCGAUGACCUCACUUCCUUGUUCCUGUUGAGGGACUCCUUCGGGGGCGUGGUCAGUGCUGAUGACCUCACACUCCUGCAGGAACGCCUCCAGCUGCUGCAGAGCCAGUGGGAUGAGAUCUGCCACCAGCUCUCCCUGCGCCGGCAGCAGGUGAGCGAGAAGCUCAACGAGUGGGCGGUGUUCAACGAGAAGAACAAGGAGCUCUGUGAUUGGCUGACCACGAUGGAGAGUAAGGUCUCCCAGAACGGGGACAUCAGCAUCGAGGAGAUGAUCGAGAAGCUACGCAAGGACUACCAGGAGGAGAUCAGCGUCGCCCAGGGCAACAAGCAGCAGCUGCAGGCCAUGGGCGAGCGUCUGUCCCGGGCCAGCCAAGACAGCAAGGCGGCCGAGAUCCAGCACAAGCUCAGCAAGGUCAGCGAGCGGUGGCAGCACCUGCUGGACCUCAUCGGAGCACGGGUGAAGAAGCUGAAGGAGACCCUGUUGGCGGUGCAGCAGCUGGAUAAGAACAUGAGCAGCCUGCGGAGCUGGCUGGCCCACAUCGAGACAGAGCUGUCCCGCCCCAUCGUGUACGACACCUGCGACGACCUGGAGAUCCAGAGGAAGCUCAACCAGCAGCAGGAGCUUCAGCGAGACAUCGAGAAGCACAGCACGGGUGUGGCCUCUGUGCUGAACCUGUGCGAGGUGCUGCUGCACGACUGCGACGCGUGCUCCACGGAGACGGAGUGCGACUCCAUCCAGCAGGCCACGCGCGGGCUGGACCGCAGGUGGAGGGCCAUCUGCGCCCUGUCCAUGGAGAGACGCCUCAAGAUGGAGGAAACGUGGCGGCUGUGGCAGAAGUUCCUCGACGACUACGGGCGCUUCGAGGAGUGGCUGAGGACCUCUGAGAGGACCGCGGCGCUGCCCAACUCGUCGGGCGUCCUGUACACCGUGGCCAAGGAGGAGCUGAAGAAGUUUGAGGCCUUCCAGCGCCAGGUGCAGGAGUGUCUGACCCAGCUGGAGCUGAUCAACAAGCAGUACCGCCGGCUAGCCCGCGAGAACCGCACCGACGCGUCCUGCCGGCUGCGGGAGAUGGUCCACGACGGGAACCGGCGCUGGGAUCACCUGCAGAGACGGGUCGCCUCCAUCCUGCGCAGGCUCAAGCACUUCAUCAGCCAGAGGGAGGAGUUUGAGACGGCCCAGGACAGCAUCCUGGUGUGGCUGACGGAGAUGGACCUGCAGCUCACCAACAUCGAGCACUUCUCCGAGUGCGACGUCCACGCCAAGAUCAAGCAGCUCAGGGCCUUCCAGCAGGAGAUCCAGCUGAACACGGGCCGCAUGGAGCUGGUGCUGCGUCAGGGGGAGGGGCUCCUGGAGAAGAGCGAGCCGCUGGACGCCGCCGUGAUCGAGGACGAGCUGGGGGAGCUGCGGCGCUACGCCCUGGAGGUGUUCGGCCGCGUCGACCGCUACUACAAGAAGCUCACGCGCCUGCCGCUGGUGGAUGACGAUCUGGACGGCUCGGACCGUGAGCUAGAGGACGCUGAGGAGGAGGAGGAGGAGGAGGAGGAAGAGGAGGAGGAGGGCGUGGCCUCGGACCUCUCAGACCUCCAGUGGGGCGACGCCUCCCCGGCCCACGGGGGACGUCCCGCCGCCGCCGCCUCCGCCCUGGUGCGUGCCGAGCGCUCGGGCCGGGACACCCCCGCCAGCGUGGACUCCAUCCCGCUGGAGUGGGACCACGACUACGACCUGAGCCGCGGGCUGGACGGCGCGGCGGAGGGGCGGGGCCUGGGCGGCGAGGCAGGGGGGCGGGGCCAGGAGCGAGAGGACGAGUACCUGGGCACGGCAGUGACGGCCGGGCUGUCAGAUGUAGUUAUCCCCGAGAGCACCGAGGCUUACAUUAAACUGACCGAGAGCACCCUGCGGUCCUCCUCCGGGACUCCUGCCCACCUGAGACAGCGGGACCCCGCCCUGGAGCGGCAGCAGAGGGAGGGCCUGGCCAACGGCUCCAGCCCCGAGCUGGACUCCUCCUACAUGGGCUACAUGCGUCUGAUGGGGGAGUGCAGGGGCAACAUGGACGCCGUGAGGAGGGCGGAGGAGGAGCUGACGGAGGAGGAGGAGGACGCCCCGGGCCUUACCAAUCCCAUCAGCACCGACGCCCAGAGUGCAGGAGUGAUCGAGCGCUGGGAGCUGCACCAGGCCCAGUCGCUCACCGACCGCCACCGGCAGAAGCAAAAGCAGCUGAUCUCAGACCUGCAGACCAUGAGGGCGUGGCUGGGCCAGUCGGAGGCGGAGCUAGGACACCUGCGGAGCCUGGACCUCAGCACAGACAUCCAGGCCAUCCAGCAGCGCAUCCGCAAGCUCAAGGAGCUGCAGAAGAGCAUGGACGGCCACAAGUCGGAGGUGCUGUCAAUCAACCUGAGUGGCAGCGAGUUCCUCCAAUCGGAGCCUGACUCCGAGGAGGCGUGGGCCCUGAGGGACGGGCUGAAGGAGAUGAACUCCCGCUGGGAGCGGCUCAGCUCCUCGUUGGAGGCCUGGAGGGAGGAGCUACAGCGGGCGCUGAUGCAGUGCCAGGAGUUCCACGAGAUGAGCCACGGGCUGCUGCUGUGGCUGGAGCACAUCGACCGCCGGCGGAACCAGCUCGGGCCGGCCGCGCCCUCGGCCGACCGGCCCGCGCUGCGCUGCCACCACGCCUCGCUCACGCAAAUCAAGCAGGAGCUGCUGGACUCCCAGCAGAAGGUGUCGGCCCUCCAGGAGCUGUCGACCCAGCUACUGGUCCACAUCCAGCCCUCGGGCCCCGGCGCCCAGCCCCCGGGGGGCCCUGCGGCCCCGCCCUCGGGCCCCGGGGAGCGGCUGGAGGCCCAGGAGAAGGUGCACGUCAUCUGGAACCGGCUGAAGCUGCUCCUCAGGGAGGUGAACGUCGACCUGGAGGAGCUGGAGAGGAGGCUGGAGGAGGCCGGCCAGGGGAAGCAGGAGUCGCUGUCCCACGUGAACAAAGCCCACCUGUCGGGAACCCCUCGUCCCGUCUCCCUAGGGUCCGUCCCCAACCGGCGACGACUGGUAAUGUGCUCCACGUUUUACCGUCCAGCUCUCCGGCCGCCCCGGGGCAAAAGUAGUCAGGCCCGCGCAGGAUACCCCAGCAGAGGCCCCCGCCACAGCCCGAGCAAAUCCCUCGUCACCGCUGGCUGCGCUUCCUCCCGUUCUGACCGGACGGGCGGCCUCUGGACCUCCUCCUCCCCUCCGGCGGGCCCCUCCUUCCUGCUACGCGUGCUGCGUGCGGCGCUGCCGGUUCACCUCCUCCUGCUGCUGAUCCUCGGCCUCGCCUGCCUCGUGCCCAUGAGCCAGGAGGACUACAGCUGCCACCACGCCAACAACUUCGCCCGCUCCUUCCAUCCCAUGCUGAGCUACACCAACGGACCUCCGCCUAUAUGAGGCGCCGCCCCCAUCAAGGACCCCGAAGUCACCUGUACCGGGACCACACCCCCUCUAUGAGGACCGCCCCCCACGACCAUAUAUGGACCAGACAUCCGCCCAGUCCAUCGUGGCCUCUGUUCCGUGUGAGGACCGGACAGCCGCCCGUGUACGGGCAGAACUCUCCGCCCGUAUAAGGACUGUCCCUCCGCAGCUAGCUACCAGCUUUGCCAAGGACUCCGACACUCUGACUAGUAUGAAUGUUCCCUGUUCUUUCCCUGCAGGACCCCCGACUCCCACUCUCCCGACCCCAACUCCACGACCCCACCUCCCCUCCACCCCCACGCUGGGAGCAUAUGAAAUCCGAUGGAGUGUCUCCACCAGUAACACAAUGAGAACCAGUCCAUUAGAGCGUUCUGGGGCCAGUUGACUGAGGCCCUAGCGUCUCCAGGGUGAAGGGACUCAAGCCUCCUCCAUCCGAAUAAUAGCAGUUGUUUUUUUAUUCUUUCUUCGGAAAAAUGAAGUAUAUUAUUUUUGACGUAUUUUUUAUUUCUACGGUUGAAUCACAGAGCACUAUUUAUAUACAACCGCGUGCUGGGAGCCAAAGUCCACGGCGCUGUUCGUACUUCAGUGCUGCUACUAUUUAUUUUUUUCCGUUCGAUUGGAUUUGAAGAUUUGUUUGAUUUCACGAGGACACAGCACAGACUGUGGGAGAUUCUACCUGUAAAUCGUAGUUUAGGUAAAGUAUCAAACAUUCAUCUCUUUGAAGAGUUUCCAAAAUGAGAACUUUUCAAAAUUGACAUCAUGGUAAAAUCUUGCGAUUUUGAACACCGAGUGAUCCAAUGCCUUCGGAAUCGGCCGACGAUUUCUGAUGGACGCACUUUGUAUUUAAAAGAAAUGGCUGCCGUUAUUUUAUUUUGUUCACGAGAUUUACAAAACUUUCGGAGACAAACUCAUCAUGGAAGGUAGCCGAUAGCUGAACCCUAACGCACUGAAACGAGCGCCUGAUUAUGGUUCCUCACCGAAGCCGUCCAGUCUUCCCCCAAGACAGCCAAAUGCUGGUGUCCCUGUUUUGAUCUCCUUUUAUAUCCAUUCUAGUAUUUCAAUAUUUAAUCACGUAGGGCAAACCUCGACACGCAGGAUGAGAUUCCGUUUAUUUUAUUUCUAUCGGUGAUUCAAAUGCCCCGCAAAACGCGGGCAGUUAUUUUUUUACCUUUUUAGUUCGAGCAUGCACUUCUGCAAGUCCUUUCUGCUUUUUAAGUUCGCCAACCAAUCACGGUCUGUGUACGGAGACGGAGGUGCGGAGGCGGGCGAAAAACAAUGCUUGGUGCUUUGUUACCGUGAGGACGACACCUCUGACGCGAUGGAGAUAUCUAGUCUGCGCUGUUUGAAACUGUAAAAAGAAACAUAAAAAAAAAAGCCCGGACAUGGAAAUGGUUAUUUAUGUAUGUACAGUUUGCUAAUGCUGAAAUCAUGAAGAAUGUUCUUUACAUAUAGUAAAAAAAUAUAUAAAAUA